AGUCCAGCUCUCGCGGAUGGUGUAAGUUGCCGUCAAGUCUGAUAAUACUCCAUUGUUGCUGGAUGCUGGGCUGUCUGCUGGCUGGAACAAGGGCUGGUGAUGCCAUGCUGGCUGUGAAUCUGGCUGAUGCCUCCUGGUGAAUCAUAGGAAGACUCUUGACUGCCUGCAAGCAAGUUAUGAGAAGUGGAUGCUCUCCCUGACUUCUUCUGCCUUGUGUGUAUCUGUGAGUCUAUCCUCUAUCACCACCAACCACCAACAACCACCUCUGCCUCUGCUGCUACCACUGUCACCACCAUUCUGUCUGCAUCGCCAUGGUGAUGAGAGGAGCCUGCGGACUCUUCCAUCUUCUUCCGCCGAGCAGUUAAGGAACACACUCUCUCUUCAACUGCUGUCCUUUUCUUCUCUUUUUCUCCUUUUCCUCCUCUCUUCCUCUCUGUGAACCUGAGUCCCUGCAAGUCUGCCUGCUGCCCUCACAUCUGCCCCCCAAUACCUGCCCUGAUACCUCUGCCCUGAAGCAUCAAAUUCCCCCCCCUGCUAACAGCUUACCUGCCAGUCUGCAAGCAAGUUUGUUCUGUGAGAAACAAGAGCUCCCCCCUGUCAACCUGGUGGUCAUAUAACAAUGGCUCCCAACCCCCAUGGCAACCUGAUAUCGCUGCUCUUUUCACUCCUCAUCUUGUAUCCAGCUCUAGCUGCGGCCGUCGACCUCGACUACUGCGCCGAUUUCAACACUGGAAGCAGCUUUAACUCUGUUGUCGAUGGCUUCCAGUCUAUCGGGGCGUGUCAGAAGACAUGCGGGAAUCAAUACGCAUUUGCUGUCCUUCAGGGGAAGAUGUGCUGGUGCACGAAUGCUGCCCCGAAAAACACCCUCCCGAACGGCAAAUGCAACCAGAACUGCCCCGGAUACCCAGAUGAUAAGUGCGGAAACACCUCGGAGGGCCUCUUUGCCUACAUCAUGCUCGACAAGAAACCGUCCACGACGAUUGGUAACCCGUCAUCGACCACUACCUCGUCGACCACAAGCAGGGCCAGUGUGAGCACAGAGACUCGCACCACUACACUAUCGCCUACUUCAACUUCAUCGUCAUCCUCAUCAUUAUCUUCUUCUUCAUUUUCUUCUACAUCUUCAUCUUCCUCUACGAAAACCUCGAAAACAACAUCUUCACCCGCAUCGACAACUACCGAUCCUACGACUUCGGUUACCACCGUAGAAGGACGGGUCACUACCAUCACGGUUCCGAACACACCAGUCCAAACCGGCCCUCCAGCUGGCAACGACGGCUCCUCGCUAUCCGGCGGUGCCAUUGCCGGAAUCAUCAUCGGCACUUUGGCCGUAUUCGCCAUCUUCACGGGCAUUAUUCUAUGGCUCUUCUGCUUCCGUCGCCGCCAACAGGCUAAGAUUGAUGAUAGCUACCGUUCGCCUUUCCACGAAUCCCCAGUUCCACAGCCUAUCUUUGAAAACACACUAAGCAGCCGCGUCCCAGCCAUGAGAGUCGCUCCAGUUGCUAAUGGGAAUGGUACUACAGCAGGUAGUAGAGGUAGCACAGCUCGUCUGAGUAUCCCCGCUUUCACCGAUCAUCGAAUGAAGAAGGAUGCCUUGGUUUACUCCCAUGGAGGUCGUCAUAGCAACGUUUCUCUGCAGGAUAACCAGGAUUAUUCUCGACCCGUGUUGCGAUUGACGAACCCCGACCCGGAUGACCGUUAAUCGGAUACGUUCUGCUUCCAAUUCCGUCACGACCAGGAUAUCAAAUAUCCUUUUUUAACGAUCCAGUCACAUUACAGUUCGAGCGCGUCUACCCUCUUCUUCGACAUGCUGCUACCUUCUAACGGCCGUCUAACCCCCCUUUGUCCUUUGCCUUUCGCACCGAUCCCAUUCGUCGUAUCUCACAGAAAAGCCCCUUCAGCGUCCCUUACGAUCGUCCUCGAGAGCACACCCGGCCGCUCGAAAUUUUUCUAAAAAAAAAGCUGAUACCCCUUCAUAUUUCACUUUUCGAGAUUGUCCUCUCCUAUUCCCAUAAGACAUCUUCUUUCCGUCUAUUUCCUUUCUAAGAUACCAAUAUCUUUUCCUUCCAUCCCCUUUCUUUCACGAUGCAUUUACUCGAACUAGCAACUAUCAUUGGCGUCAAACCGGAACUGUAAAUCAUGGGAAUCAAGGCACUACGGGGGGCUGUUUUUGCGUUAUCUGCUCUGCUCCCUUCUUUCGUCUCUGUCAUUCGGCUUUGUCUUUCAUAUACACACAAAAAGCCCUACAUGCAUCCUGGGAUUCACUUUUAUUCCUUCGGCCCCGUCGCUCUGUACCACAACCAAAGUCCGCACAUGAAACCAAUCGGUUCAACUACCAUCGACCCAGAACAACAUUCUACAACAACAUAUGACAGAGGACAGGUCGACUAUGGGAAUUAAGUGGAUUGUGUUUUUUUAUUUUCACUUGUUUUCUUUUAUUUUAUCUUGUUCAUUUAAAGUGGGAGGGAGACUCAGAAAGAUCCCCCGAACUGACUGGUGGUUCCAGCAGCAGCAGACUUCUUCUCUAAUGUCCCCCAGUGCUAGCUUUUGCAUUUAAAUAGCCCUUUGAAAGUAACCAAAGACCAAAAAAAUAAUUUUAAAG